AUGGGGAAGCUCAUCUUCUCCAUUUCUCUCCUUCUGCUUCUUGACUGUUGCUACGGUGGUAAGGUCGGAGUAUGUUACGGAAGAAGCGCUGACGAUCUCCCCACACCAGCCAAAGUAGUCCAACUAAUAAAACAACACAACAUCAAAUACGUCAGAAUCUACGACUACAACUCCCAAGUCCUCAAAGCCUUCGCAAACACAACCAUCGAACUCAUGAUCGGAGUCCCAAAUUCCGACCUCAAACCCUUCUCCCAGUUCCAAUCCAACGUAGACACGUGGCUAAAGAACAGCGUCUUACCCUACUAUCCAACCACCAAGAUCACUCACAUAACAGUCGGAGCCGAAUCCACCGACGACCCACACACCACCAACGCUUCCUCCUUCGUCGUCCCGGCGAUGCAGAACGUGUUAACCGCUCUCAAGAAAGUCGGUUUAAGCAGAAGAAUCAAAGUCUCCACGACUCUCUCCCUCGGUGUCCUCUCAAGAUCCUUCCCUCCUUCCGCUGGUGCGUUCAAUAGUAGCUACGCGUAUUUCUUGAGACCAAUGCUUGAGUUCUUGGCAGAGAAUCAGUCUCCUUUCAUGGUCGAUCUUUACCCUUACUAUGCUUAUAGAGAUUCUCCUAACAAUGUGUCUUUGGACUAUGUGUUGUUUGAGUCUUCCUCUGAGGUUAUUGAUCCCAACACUGGUCUGCUCUACAAGAACAUGUUUGAUGCUCAAGUUGAUGCGAUUUAUUACGCGUUGACAGCUUUAAACUUCAGGACGAUCAGAAUCAUGGUCACUGAGACUGGUUGGCCGACCAAAGGCUCACCAAAGGAGAAAGGUGCUGCGUCUCCUGACAACGCGGAGAAGUAUAACACUAACAUAAUACACCACACGGUUACGAACCAAGGCACACCUUCGAAGCCAGGAGAGGCCAUGGACGUUUAUAUCUUCUCGUUGUUCAACGAGAACAGGAAAACGGGUUUGGACUCGGAGAGGAACUGGGGGUUGUUCUAUCCUGACCAGACGAGUGUUUAUCAGCUGGAUUUCACGGGAAAGAACAGCGGGUUGUUAAGGUCGAAUUCGAGUGGGGGGAACUCGAGAGGGAGGAGUGAGAGCUGGUGUAUUGCUUCUUCUAAAGCUUCGGAGAUAGAACUGAGAGGUGCUUUGGAUUGGGCGUGUGGCCCUGGGAACGUUGAUUGCAGGGCUAUUCAACCGAGUCAGCCUUGUUUUCAACCGGAUACUUUGGUUUCUCAUGCUUCUUUUGUGUUUAAUAGUUACUUUCAGCAGAAUGGAGGUACGGAUGUUGCUUGUAGCUUUGGAGGAGUUGGUGUUAAGGUCAACAAAGACCCUAGUUAUGACAAAUGCAUAUACAUAACUGCAGGCGGGUAUGAACAACACCAAGGCGACGAAUGCAUCUGCAUUGACCUCCUCUGCUUCAAAUAUUUCACAUGGAAACGAAUCGCUAGUAUGGUUCUUGAGUCUCUGGCUCGUGAUCUCCUUGUUGUUCAGUUUCCAAACUACGAAUUCACUGGCAUUGUAACCCAGUGUCUGUAA